CUCUUAUAUAUCGGAGGGAAACCUGGGAGCGGAAAAAGCACUCUUGUCAAAUAUUUCAAAGACAAUAUCCUUGAACUGGAACCCGACGCGCGUUCAGCAACUAUCGCCUCUUUCUUCUACAGCUUCAGGGAAGGCGAGCUCCAGAAGAGUCACCACAACAUGCUUCGAUCAAUUCUUUACGAUGUCCUCAGUCAAAAUGAGUUCUUUUUCUACCACUUUCAGCGAGAGUACCGACUGUACCGUGACAUGAUGAGAGAGCGAGGCCGAGAAGACUGCGCGGAAUGUCCUUACGAGUCUUUGAAGCGAGUUUUGCUCUCGUUGGGUGAUCACCCCAGGACAGGACGGCUUUACUUUAUCAUCGAUGCGGUCGAUAAGUCUGACGAAGCUGACCGUCGUGCUAUUCUCGACGUUUUUUUGACCUUUGUUCCAAGAAAUGCUGCACCGUAA